AUGAGUGUGGAGGAGGUGGGUGGCUUGAGUCAGCAUUCUCAUAGUGGAGAUGAAGAGACAGAAGCACCAACAGGCUCACAAUGUUUAGAACAAACUGAGGCAGCUGUUGGCCUUGUGGCAGCAAAGGAAAAGAAUGAAGACUCGGAUGUGGAUGUGAAUGAAGACAAAGACAGCAGCCAUGAGAUCUCUGUAAAAGUAGACAACAAAAGGACAUACUUUAAAAGAAAACUGUUUUCUAAUUCAGAAGUAAUCAACAAAGCAGGGCAUGUGAAAGGGAGGAAGAGAUUUAUCAACAUUGGCAGCAACAGAACUGAGCUGGUAGGAAGCUCAGUUAAAGGACAAGUCUCACGGAGAACCAGUGAACACACAACCAUUACCACAGGUCAUUUAUCAUCAGGGUCAGCUCAAUCUACUACAGCAAGACAAGUUACUAUGGGUUCUAUGGUGUGUGGCUACUCUGAGCUUGAAGACAAGGCUGACAAAAGGCAAGAAAGCUCAAAGAAGAGAAGGCAAGAAAAGUCACAUGACCCUAACAAAACCAAGAUACCAUCUCCUAACACUGGAAGACAUCAGAGUUCAACAAAUGUUAAAAGAUACCACCAGCCAACCCUGGACCACUAUGAGAUCCGAACCCGAACAGCACAGAGAACACACCAGGAGAGGAAUGAAAAAGCCAGACUUCACAAACAUGUUGUGGACAGAGAUACAGAGAGCUACAGGAAUGGCUAUCCUGGCAAGGAGGAUAACCCACAUCUGAAUGACAAUCUCAGGUUUUACAGAGGGGAGAUAAUGUCAGUUCCAAGAGGUGCCUACAUUGAUGAUAUCCAUGAGAACUGGUGGGGUGACUACAAGCUCCUGGAGAGUCACCAUGGCUACAUUCAGUGGCUGUUCCCAAUUAGAGAAAGUGGAAUGAAUUCAAAGGCACAACCACUGCAGCUGCAUGAAGCCAAGGCAAUCAAAGCAGACAAGCAGGCCAAGAAAAGAGUGCUGAUGUCAUACAGAUUGAUGCUGGACUUUUAUGGGAUGGAGCUUACAGACGACCAAACAGGGAAACUGAAGCGGUCACAGAACUGGAGGAAAUGCUACGAUAACUUGAACAGGUCACCCCACAAUUACCUUCGAAUCACCCGCAUCCUCAAGUGUCUUGGAGAGUUGGGCUAUGAGCAUCUGAAGAAAGGGCUGCUUCAGUUUGUGCUGGAGGAAGCGUUAAUCCACCAGACUUUGGGCCCCACACUGGCAAGUUGUCGUGAUUAUUGGAUAGGUACAAUCAAAGAUGUCCAAGACAGAGAGGACCUGUACCAGUUUAUUGAAGAUCAUCAAGGUAGCAGGAACUAG